GGCGAGCUCGUAAAGUGGCAAAUCAUCGCUGCUCUUACAUCAUCGCGCUUCUCUCGUUACGCGCUUGUGGGUAGCGACGCUUUGGCUUACACGAUUGAUUGAUGCAAAGGUGUUCUUCUGGUAACUCAAAGGCGCAGAGCACAUGUAGAAGAUAGCAUUGUAAACUGACGAUCCUCUGCGUGGAAGAAAAAGUGGACUAGCUGGGCUGUUAUUCGAUCUCUUUUUCUUUUCGAAUCUCUUCCCAUUAUCUGCUUCGACUAAAGCUCUUGUGUUUUUUGUGUGUUUUUGUGCGAUGGAUUCAGCGAGUUUGUGGAGGCUCAUCGUCUUGCUGCUCGCAGCAGUGGAUGUUGCUCGUUGCAGAUUCCAUGCGUAUGCACGAGGCUGGCAAUUGGCAACCGCGACUUGGUAUGGAAGUCCCAGCGGUGCUGGAACUGAUGGAGGAGCUUGUGGCUAUGGUGAACUCCCGAACACUCCCUACGGCCUCGAUGUUGGUGCUGGGAGCCCCGUCCUGUUCAAGAAUGGCAGAGGCUGUGGUGCAUGCUACAAGGUGAGGUGCUUGCAGCAGCAGCUCUGCUCCGGCAAAGCCGUGACGGUGGUGAUCACAGACGAGUGUCCCGGUGGCUACUGCGCGUUUGGGAGGACGCAUUUCGACCUCAGUGGCACGGCAUUUGGAAGAAUGGCGAUGGCCGGAAGAACAAACCAGCUGUUGGGAUCAGGAGUUACGCAAGUCCUCUACAAGAGGGUUGAUUGUAACUAUGGCUCCAGGCCCAUGGAAUUCCAAGUCAACGAAGGAUCCACACCAUUUUGGUUGUCCAUUCUCGUUCGCUACGCAGCGGGGCCUGGAGAUUUGGGUCAUGUCGAGCUCAUGCAGGCUGGGUCUCGAGUUUGGCAGCCAAUGACUCAGGUGUGGGGCGCAACAUGGUGUUUCAAUGGCGGUCCUCUGAGGGGCCCUUUCUCGUUUCGAGUCACGACUCUGUCAACCUCGGAAACAGUCGUGGCUCGAAACGUGAUUCCAAGAAACUGGGCUUCCAACACUUGCUAUCGCUCCAGGGUCAACUUUAGAUGAUCUUCUUGGAAUCGAUCAUAACGUAUAGAUUUUUACACACCUUGUCCCACCAUGAGGAACUUCCAAGCCGAGGUUUCCAAAGAGUGGGAUGAGAUUAAAUACAAAUCAUCCAUCUUUGUCUGGUGGAAACUAAAAGAAAGAUUUUGUGAUGAUCUCACAUAAAAGAAAAA